GGAGUAGCUAUAAUAACCGAGACUAGUUCAUUGUCGUCGUAGUGCGAACAGACGCGCAAGAGUAGAGGGGGCCAGCAACCCCGGAGCACCCGUUAUCAGUUUUAGUAACGUUACUCCACGACUGUAGUAGCCUACUACAUUGGCUAAAUUGUUUAAUAACAAACAACACUCUAGCAACGGGGUUACGUUUUGUUUAGGCAGCUACCCUUAAAAGCCAAAUUUGUGGAACUUGUUCACACUUUUUUUACUGAAGAAUCUGAAACAUGUCUCGGGGUGCGGCGAUUUUACCAGACGACACAGUUUUUUCCGACUUCAGAAGACAAUGUUUGUCAACGGAGAACUGGUAUAAUAAGUACGACAAAAACGGAAUGGAGGUAUGGGUCGAGAUGCCCACACUGUCGUCGACACAAGGAGGGAAAAACCACGUGCCCAAAGUGCAUAAGAUCAAGUGCAAGAUGGCUAUCAACGAUGUGUCGGCAGCCACUAUGUACGAUGUGCUCCAUGACAGCCAGUACCGCAAGAAGUGGGACCCAGCCAUGCUGGACAGCUUUGACAUUGCCCGCUUGUCCAGUAACGCAGAUGUGGGUUAUUACUCAUGGAUCUGCCCGAAGCCACUGAAGAACAGAGAUGUGGUGACGCUGCGAUCGUGGCAGGUUAAGGACAACGAAUACGUGAUCAUUAACUUCUCCGUCAAACACCCGAAGCACCCACCUCGCAAGGACCUGGUGAGAGCCAUCUCCAUUUUGACGGGCUACCUGCUGGAGUCCACAGGCCCUAACAGCUGUUCUUUCACUUACCUGUCACAGGCCGACCCCAAAGGUUCCCUUCCAAAGUGGGUGGUGAACAAAGCCUCACAGGUCCUGGCUCCCAAAGUGAUGAAGUGUGUGCACAAGGCGGGACAGAGCUACCCGGAGUGGAAGCAGCAGAACUCCCCAGACUACAAGCCCUGGCUGCACCCCGAGCAGAGCGAUCUGCUGUUUAUGGACCCAGCCGAGCUGGUGAUCCAGCGCGGGGACUCCCUGGAGAACGUGGAUGAGAGCUCGAUCCUGGACGCCCGCGAGAACGAGGUGGCGGAGGACAGCAGCUGAGCGCCCCGGGGCGGGGGAUCGGGGUGGGGAGGGGUUACUGGAUGGAUGGGACUCUCCCAGAAGGAUUCUCCCAGAAUCCUUCUCUCUUACAGAGAAUACUGUGCCCAGUCCCCACAGUCCAUCUGUUUACCAUACAGCUGUCGCCGGUCAAUGAAGUUAGCUUCCACAGUCAAUGCCAUUAACAUUUUAUAUCCAUAUUCUUGCCUUUUUAUUCAGAUACUCACAAGGUCUGUACAUAUCUUGCGUGAGAGAGAGCGCGAGAGAGAGGAUUGGAAUUGUUUACAGGUGUUGUACCCUGUGAGGUAACUGUAGUUGGCCUGCUUUUCAUGGACUGAAAUACUAGUCCUUUCAGUGUUUCUCGUCUUACUUAACAGAUCUAGGGCCACCUUUGACGUGAUCUUGUCAAAGGGAAGAAGACAGUGUUGUUAGUAUGGUGUAUUGAUUAAUCGUUUACAUAUAAUGACCUUGAGAAACGCCUUAAGCGGUAUAAAAGAGGUCUUAGACAAUAAGCGGAUUUGAUGAGUUGCCAAAUUUAAAGUCAUUUUAGGAUAAUAUGCUAUUAUAAUAAUAUUAGAAUAAUCCCUGUGCUUGGAAGAAAAGCUGUUUAUAUUGCCUGUGAUCUUCAGUGAAAGCAAUGUCUUUUCCUUUGGACAUCAACUGAAACGCUACACACAAAUGGGUUAAUGGUUAAAGAAUGUAACAUAAGGGAAAUGAAGUAUUUGGGUUACUUUUAUUUAACAUUUUUACAGAAAAAGAUUUAUGUCUGUCAUACUGUAUCUACUCGGAUUUUUAGAGAAUGUGAAUAGUAGGCCUGAUAGCACUAAUUAUUCUUAUUUUGUUUGUAAUGAAGAGGCUGGUGUUAUCUCUGAAGAUUUGUACAUUUAGAUAUUGCAAACCUCAUAACUGUUUGACGGAGAGCAUUGCAGCUAUGAAACACAAUAGCAGUUAAAUGUCCUUUCUCACCCAGAGGGCCCAGUAAUAGAAGAAUGCCAUGCUACAGUCUUACACAUAGUUACUGUCUUUCUAUUUAUUGUUGUGGCACAGAAUCCUUCAUUUUGACACUGGUGCCAGCAGUAGUUAUUGUUGGUGCAGCUUCGUGUUCUGUUGAACUCUGGCUUAUGGGGCCAUGAUAGUUACUGUAAAUAACCAUAUUUUGAUAACAAGCUUUUGGUUGUAACAAACUGAUUACAUCUGCUACAUACGAAUGAAUAACCCCAACAUAGUUCAUUAUGACCGAAACUUUUUACAAAUGGAUGAAGUCCAUAAAAUGCUUUCUUUGAGCCUCUCAUAUUCAAAAAUGCAUGACAGUCUAACAGCAACUGUUAUGAUAGAGUGUAAAAAAAAAUCACUAACAAAGCUCUUGAACGCUUCUCUACUGUAAAAUGUUUUUGAUUUGUUAGAGGUUCUAAGGACAAGCUCAAGUCCCUGAACUUGCUGGAGUUACUGAGAUAGCUGUGAUGGUUUGUUUCGCCCAUGGUGCUGUGAAGGUGAUCGAAACUGCAGUCCACCCCC